AUGGCAUCUAGGGACCGAACGUGUUGCGGGGUUAUCGAAGACGCUCGUGUCGAAGCUCGCAAACGAAGAGUCAAUAGACCGCAGCCAUGGAUUGUGCGCAAGCUUGCCAUCGGACUCUUCCUCGCUGUCGCUGGAUACGUGUCGUAUGUGUACAUCGGGAGAGUCUGCAAGAGUAUGCUCACUAGGGAUGGAGAGGUAACGGCUAGUUUGCCUGUUGGAGUUGUAUUCCUUGUCAUUUAUUCAACCCUUUUGCUGCUCAUUCUGUGGUCUUACGCCAAGGUCGUCUUUACGUCCCCGGGAGUCGCCCGAGAUUUUACGAGCCGGACACAACGACCGACUUAUGACCUCGAUCGCCACCCUUCAUCCAUGACGUCUGAACUACGUGGAGUCCCCUAUGAUCAGGUGUCCACAGUUCACACGUAUACGUCAGACCAUGCCCAACACACACAAGAUUCCAGGACACAAUCAAGCUUUACAUUGCAACGCGACUUUCAAGCUUCGUUAUCAUCAAGACGUUCCGAGAGUGGGAGUUCGCAAGCGACGGCUUACUCUAGCCACCACAUUGCUAGUACCAACGCCGUCAGGAGCCCCGAGGAAGCACGUGUAAGAGACGUGCUGGCUAACCCUGAGGCACCCUACGUGCCCGACAACAUUGCUCUACCCCCGAUUAAUACCGGGAGUACUCGCUCUCGAAGUAGGGAACCCAACGGAUUGGGGCCGGGUCAAAGUCGAAACAUCAAUGGGAUCUCGAGGCGUCCUCCAACUACGCCGAUACUGUUACCCGAGAACAGGUAUUGCAGUCGGUGUAAGAUAGUGAAGCCGUACCGAACGCACCAUUGUCGAGCGUGCGGAACUUGCGUGCUGAGGUACGACCAUCAUUGUCCCUGGAUCGGACAGUGUGUUGGAGCGUUCAAUCAGAAAUUUUUUAUCAAUUUUCUCCUAUGGGGAACCGUGGGCUGCUGGUGGACGUUUGGGAGCCUGUUGGGUCUUUAUCGUAUAUAUCAAGCGAAGGUGUCGUCUGACCUGCAAAUACCCAUUGCGAUCGCCUUAGCUGGCUUGUUCGGGUUCUUUGUAACUGGGUUGUUCAUGACACAAGUUCAUCUCACGCUGAACAACCAAACAACGGUAGAGUCCAUGUAUGCAAAAUCGAUGAGGGAGCGUGAACAAGCCGCAUUGGCCCACGAAUUUCAGUGGUGGCAGUUUGGGGCGAAACGGAGAACGAGACGACGGUGGGAUCAGGAGUGGGGGAGGAUAGGGAAAGAGGGAAAUAUCUGGUGGUUGGGGAAUCAUCGAGCUAAUUGGGAAGCGGUGAUGAGUAAGAACGUGUGGUGGUGGUUCCUGCCAGUGGGACACUGUCUUGACGAUGGGGCGAACUACCCGGUGAACCCUCGCUUUGAUGCACAGGGUCGGUGGAGCAGGCGAGAAGAAUGGCCUGACGAACUACGAUAGUAUAUGACGCGUGAUUUAUUCCGUGUUUGAUUUCAUGACGUUUGCCUGUUACUUACUGUACGGACGAUAUCUACCCACAUGCUGCUGUACGACAUUUGGGUACUUCUGACUUGGCUGGGCUGGACGAUAUCUACCCACAUGCUGCUGUACGACAUUUGGGUACUUCUGACUUGGCUGGGCUGGACGUAAGCUAGCAACAUGCGGUGGAUUCGGGCGGACCAUCGCCUACAAAGAACCACACGGCCGCCCAAAUACAAACGGUGCUUUCCACGGGGUUGGAGCCUUCCGACUUAC